AUGGGACCAUCCGAAAACCCUCUAGGACAGUUAAACCACGUACCGCGAUUAACAAACAACACGCGUUACGCGUUACUGUGCCAAGGGGAUGAGGCUUACAAUGAAAACUCUUCCCUUCUUUCCUUUGACACCAUUUUAGGAAAUGGUGUAAACCAAAAUGUAUUUGGACCUGGACUGGGUGACCCUAACGGACCCAGUGAAACAUAUUCUGAGGCUUUUGUGGAGGAAACAUCCUUUGCCCAUGCCGGUCGGGACCCGACCCCUCUCCCCUCUGCUGUGGCGCUGAUUGAGAUCGCCCCGGCACAGGAGUCCGUCUGGCCCACCUUUACGGCUGUCAGACGCUUCUUCCACCAGACUCUGGAGCGUUUCCACACUUACCUGAGAGAGCUUUUUAGCCAACUUGGCUUUGGACUUGAAGCACGAGACUACACCAGACCCAGUGAAAUAUAUUUCUCUGACAAACCUGAGACCGUUGUGGAGGAAACAUCCUUCGCCCAUGACAGUCGGGACGCGACCCCUCUCCCCUCUGCUGUGGCGCUGAUUGAGAUCGGCCCGGCACAGGAGUCCGUCUGGCCCAGCUUCACGGCUCUCAGACGCUUCUUCCACCAGACUCUGGAGCGUUUCCACACUUACCUGAGAGAGCUGAUUGGCAGCUUGGCGGAAAAGUGGCAGCCGAACUCUGCCCCGCACGAGUGGAGCAUCCAGGUGUUGUCCGUCAUGGCCACUGUGGAAGCUGUCCUGAUUCUUGGCAGCGUCUUCAUCUCACGAUACAUUGUGAAGUAUGCCUUCCGACACACUGAGGAGGAACUAGACCGGGUCUACGGGAAACUACUCAAUCAGCAGAAACAGACUCGAGCUGUGGAAAAGCGAGUCAAGGAGCUGGAGCUGCAGCUGCAGGUGUACGAGCGAGAGAGGGCGUUCCAGGAGCUGCAGGUCCGAGAGGCCCAGGGCCACCUCAGCGCCAUCGACAGGAAGUGCACACAGAGAGAGCGCGCCCUUAACCGGAAGUACGUUAAGGAGCUGGGGGAAGCCAGAAUGAUGCAGGAACGGGAAGAAUUAAUGGCUCACAAGUGCAAGACGAAGAAGAACCAUCAAACGAGCCCGGCCGCAGAGGUCACCCUUCAGGAGGAAGCGCUGUCGUUCCAGGUCCGUGAGGCCGCGAGGGCUCGCAGGCAGCUGGCUCAGAUGAAAUCAGCGAUGGAUGAGGUGGACGGACUGGUCUUUGAUUCCACGGCACGCUGUUCUAAAAGCCAGACUCCCCCUCCCGAGACGGACACUCAAGGCACACAGACUGAUUGAUGUGUCAAAACUCACCGAACACAGGUGUAGCAGGCUCCUUACCAAUCAAAACUCACUUAACACAGGUGUACCAGGCUCCUUACCAAUCAAAACUCACUUAACACAGGUGUACCAGGCUCCUUACCAAUCAAACCUGGUCUACCAAGCUUCUUACCAAUCAAAACUCACCUAACAGAGCCGCACCAAGUUUCUCACCAAUCAAAACUCACCUAACAGGGCUGCAUCAAGCUUCCCACCAAUCAAAACACACCUAACAGAGCCACACCAAGCAUCUCACCAAUCAAAAUUCACCUAACAGAGCUGCACCAAGUUCCUCACCAAUCAAAACUUACCUAAGAGCUGUACUAGGCUCCUCACCCAUCAAAACUGAUCUAACAGAGCUUAAAAUCCAAAUGAGUGUCAUGUAACUGAACUAUUUCUCUCUCAAUAAAGCAUUGUCCAAAAAAAUGAAA